AUGGAUGAUGGCGCCGAGAUACUAUCUGAUGAUUUACGCUCAGGCAAAAUGAGUGGCAUAUCCACUACUACUAAUAAAUUUAAAUCAAAUCCAGUUUCACCAACUUCUAUGCAUCCACUCGUCAUUGAAAUGGCUGAAACUUCAUCAAUAAAACGUCACAAUAUCAUUCAUCCUCACAGUAUUCGAACAACUAAAAAUAAAUUUAAUGAGAUUUCGGCAUCAUCAUCCAGUAAACUUUUCAGUAGUGUAAUGAACCAUAAUGUUUCAGCUAAUUUAUCGAGAAUGAAAUCAAUGGAAGAAUAUCAAGAACAAAAGUCAAAACCAAGAAGUCUUCGAUAUGCAUGGGGCGUGCUUGAAGACAGAUUAAAGACAACAGCGAAAAAUACUGAAAAAAACAAAACCAAUAAAAGAAAUCGUCGCUGUAUUGGUAAAAUCUGUCCGGCCUGUUCGGCAUGUUGUUGUGUUUCAAUAUCUAUUGGUAUUUUAUUACUUCUGAUGGGUAUUGCUGCUCUCUUGGUUUUUCUUCUCACAAAUACACAUAUUGUGACAACAACAGCAACCACAACAACUUCGACGACAGCAACUUCAACAACAUCGGUAACCACAACGACAGCAUCAACAACAACUACACCGUUACCCCCAUGUCUUCCUACUUCUGUUGGUCUUGCAAGUAUUCUUUUGACUAUCUCGUCUCCCAAUGACACUACAUACGGCUGCUAUGUAUAUUCAUGGACGUCACCUACGACAGGUCCAGUUACUUUUAUGUUUGAGCUGCGCAAUGAUCCAGGUCAGUGGUAUGUUGAUGAUACCUCUAUCUAUCAAGGAGGCACACAAAUGCUAACAAAUAUAGGUUUCGAAACUGGUUCACUUUCACCUUGGGUACGCACUGGACCAUAUGGAAGUUGUGGAGGGUACGUAGCCCGAAUUUGCAAUUAUAAUUGUCGAAGUGGAAGUUAUUGUGCCUGCGAUGGAAGUAAUUCAUGUGCCGAUCGACUUAGUCAACAAUUUACGGCUGCGGCUGGACAAGUGUAUAUCGUGAGUUUUUGGUUACGCACAGAUUCACUUGGCGCUGGUAUAACUGCGACAGUAACUCUCUCUUGA